AACUCUGCAGCGAAGAAUCUGAAUGGUGGCAUCACGCGGUAUCAUUAUCUGUCACCAAACAUUUAAACGGACAGUUCAAGGCCAAUGCUGACAAUUGUUUACAGCAGAAUAUCAAGGCCAAUACGAGGGCUGACGGUGCUUUGGGCUUGGUUUGGAGUGCCAAUAGGGAACGGCGACAUGACGGUCGACAAGGUUCACCUAGCGCCGAACCGGAACCUUCUCGACAUAUUCCGCCACGACAUGUCUCAUUCAGAUCAUUGGAGCCCUCAUUCUCAUCCUUUGUUCACCAUGGACAUGGUUCUACUCCGCCUCCCUUCGCUGAUGUCGCCAAAUGA